AUGCCCUUCAACAAAGAACCCAACGAGAUAAUCGACCUUACGAGCAUCGCAAGCCACAGACCCCCACAGCUCGCACAAGUCAUCGAUCUCACUAUGGACCAUUACAAGCUUGAAGCUAUUGUCCGCUUCUACCAGACGGCCCUUGAGAAAGCCACCUCGCUCAUUGACCCCGACUCUAUGGCAGAAUUCACUCGCCUGUCCCCUCAACCAACCAUGCCAGAUGCUACUCUACCUGUUCAACACGCGUACUAUAAAGCUGCUGUCAACAACGCGGGUAGCUUUCUUAACGACACACGAAGACAUAUGGACCAGAUCCGCCGCGACGAUGACGAGGGUGCUCAUGAGACCUGGACAAAGGGAGCUUCUGUUAUGUUGAGGGUCUCGUUCGGCCGUUUCAUUAAAUCGUCUGCCAUGUUCUUCCCCAUGUGGAUGAACCCGAUGCUCUCAGAAAUAGGCAUUAACCUCCUAGCUCAUGAGAGUAAAGGAGUUUCUCGUCUGGACCCUACAAUGAUGCUGGCGUGCCUAGGUCUGGACACGGUCAAUCCACCUCUUGUUUACUUUUGCGAGCCGCACGAAUUUAUCGUUACAUGGUUGCCAGACAAGGAUGGCUGUGAGCAGGAGCCUUUAAUAGACAUCCCUGACAGUGUGUGGGAGAAGGCACGUUCCGCCUUGAGACAAGGCCGUGACUACAGGGACUGGGCGAGGGUUGGACGAGACCUCGCCACGCGCUAUCAGUUCAUCAAGGAGUUUGGGAUCGAGAGGGCCAUGGAGUUUGAGCACGCCCAGGGACGAGGCUACAAGGUGGACGCCGAGAAAGUUAGGGAGCUCCACGGAGCAGCUUGGUUUGGAGGUGGAAAGGCGUUUGGUGCCGACGGCACUCCUCUGUGGAAGAGGAUGAACAAGGUCAAAAGCAAAACUCACAUGAAGGAUAUGAGCUUGAUUCAUGAUGCUGUGGAAUGGGACGGUUAUGAAGUGACCUUCCUCUAUGUGGGAGACGUGCUGGAGAAACUGAUACCAGUCGUCCUUGUCACGAGAUAUCUCGUCCUUAGCCUCAAGAACCAGGUUGCGGGAACAAGCUAUCUUCUGGCCACAACGUCUCUUUGCCAACUGUCGGGAUGGCCCGUCUCAUGCAGCUCGAUGUCGAGUAGCAUUUCCGUAUUCUCAUCAGAGAGGUCCGACUGCCUCAGGCCGCGCGAGGUGCCCGACAGGUAG